GAUCAGGUUGGUCGAGCCGUCCGCAGAGCGGCUCCCGUGGGCUGGGCGUUCUUUAAUCACGCCCACAUCGCCGCCCUCCGCGCCCACCCGUCUUGCAUGCCCCUUAUUCUGCUCCGAAGUAGACACUCGAGGCCGUCCUGGCCCGCCCCGGGCGCCGCUGCAUGCCGCAACCUCUAUGUGUCCGCCCAGCAGGACGCCUCGUGGAGGGACAGCAUCUGCAUCUCCGUGGACUGCGAAGAUGAGCCAGUGGCAGCCAUCAAUGUGGAGGACCAGCUCUUCGACAUGUUCAAGGACGACACGGACCAAAAAGUCCACAUGGGAAGAUUUCUGGCCGCUCUCACAGACACAGGCUUGAGGAAGACGGACCCGCGCCUCCUUGAGCUGAGGAACAACCUGAUGGAGGUCCACACCAGCCUCGAGUACCCGGAGGACUCUUCCAUCAACGCCCUGCAGCUUGAAAAAGGAACAUUUAAGAGGCAUCAACGGUCACGCUCGCAGAGCCCGUCAGUCAACGGAUCUCCUUCCCACCGCGCCUAUCCCAUCACGUCUCCCACAUCAAGAUGGCUCGACAGACAGCAGUUCAAGAAGGUGAUUCAGGACAACAUUGUCUUGAUAUCGAGGGCCCUCCGUCACCAAUUCGUCAUCCCAGAGUGGCUUGACUUCAUCUCACACAUCGAAGAGUUCUACUGGUCCGUCAAAGGGCUGACAGGAGGAAAGAUUUACAAUCAGAGCAAGGUUGCCUCCUACAUCCCGCAGCUGACGAGGUUCAGCCCCGACCACUGGGGGGUAUCAGUGUGCACCAUUGAUGGCCAGCGGUAUUCUAUUGGCGACACUGAUAUUCACUUCACCAUGCAGUCUUGUAGUAAACCAGUAACGUAUGCGAUUGCUCUUAAUGAACUUGGUAACGAAACAGUCCAUAAAUAUGUAGGGACUGAACCCAGCGGUCGUAUGUUCAACGCAAUUGUCCUCGACUAUAAUGAUAAACCACACAAUCCCUUGGUUAACGCUGGCUCUAUACUUGUUAAUGGUCUUCUACAAAGUCUAGUCAAACCCGAUAUGUCUUCGUCCGAAAAAUUCGAUUACGUUCAGCAAUAUUUUAAGCGCAUGGCCGGGGGCGAGUACGUGGGCUUCAGCAACGGCACCUUCCUGUCGGAGCGGGAGAACGCCGACCGCAACUUCUCGCUGGGCUACUACAUGCGCGAGAACAAGUGCUUCCCCGAGAAGUGCGACCUCAUGGCGUCGCUCGAUCUCUACUUCCAGUGCUGCUCGAUGGAAGUCACGACGGAGAGCAUGUCGGUGAUGGCAGCCACGCUGGCCAACGGCGGCAUCUGCCCCAUCACGGGCGACCAGGUCAUGCAGCCGAACGCCGUCAGGGACGUCCUCUCGCUCAUGCACUCCUGCGGCAUGUACGACUACUCGGGGCAGUUCGCCUUCAAG